ACAAAAUCUACAAAGUCUACAACUCUUUCAAGUUUCAAGGGUCGAAAAAAAAAAACAGAGGAAAAUUUGCCGGAUGUAUGUACAAAUAAAGGUUAAAGAAAAAGGGAUACGACAAAGAAAAAAAAGAGUUGCAAAACAGAGUUGAGGAUUAGAAAGAGUCGUCAGUUUCGAUUGUCAACUGUCUCACAGUGAGUGUGCAUACCAUCAACAUCAUCAUCAUCAUCAUCAAGUGGUCCAGUUUUGUUUAAAUAUUUGAUUCCUUUUUUGUUCUGUUUUCUCUGAAAGAUCAGUCUUAUCCUCCGCAACCCUGUUUUUCAGUGGAACUCAAAAAAAGUUCCCCAAUUUUUUCUUGUCUUGUGUGAGAAGGAACGGAAAAAGCGAUGGAGAAACCUGAGACUGAGAAUCCUUCUGCACGAAGGUUUUCAUCGUUGACGGUUGAACUUUUCGGGGCUAAAGAAUCUGCACCCUUACCAGGGAAAAUCUCUUCAAUCUUCCAUCCUCCGUUUUCGACUACUAUGGCAUCGGGAAGGAGGAGCAUCUCCGCUUCUGAAAUGCUGCGAUUGAUGGAUAAGCGUUCUUCUGUUGGGGGCGAGAUUUGGAACAGAGGAUCUUUCGAAGACCGGUCUUCGGACAAGGUUGGAUCAAGCCAAUGUGAAACAAGCAAGGAGAGGAACUCAGCAUUUCUGGACAGGCCAGAACCGUGUUCCUUAAGUUCAUCACUGGUCUAUGGCGGUGCUGAAGACGUUUACACGCAGCCUUCAAAUGCACAAUCACGGGGUUCUUAUCCUGAAUCCAAGAAAGAUGAGGCCAAUGGUGAUCAAACUAGGGAUGAUUCUCAUUCUGCUUCUAGAGGAGAUUGGUGGCAAGGUUCGCUCUAUUAUUAGCCCUUACCUACCGAGCAAAUUACUGACAAAGUUUUCCAAAGUAGUAUGUUCUGAAAAUUACUGACAGGUUAUGGAUUCUCAACAUUACUAGUUACUGCCAUAAACAAUUCAAAAGUGCGUCAAUCUUUGCCUCUUUUCUCGAAGAACGCAUUAGAAACUACGAUGUGCUUUUCUUUCUUCAUUGUUACUUACCCUUAUGAAGAUACUAGUUAGGUUUAUCUUUUGUCCUUUGUACAAAUAUAUGCAGUUAUUGAAACAUGUAGAAAAUAAAGAAAGGAAUUGGUGCGCGUUUCUUGAAUUCUUGAGUAUAGAAAUUAGAAGAAGAAUGAAAGAAUUGAUAGUAGAAGAAAUUGAAUUGAGUUUUUAGUUGAGUAGUACCGAGUGUCGACUGAAUUAGUUGCAAAUUGUACUGAGUGAGUGUCAGGGUCACCCGUAACACAAGUUUGAGUCACUUCCCAUGACACUUCAUUAGAGGCUCACACCUGUCUAAAUUUUAAUUCCUACAAUUUCAGUCUUCCCAUCAAGUCAACGAUGUAGUUAAAUCACUAUCGAUGGAAACGGAUUCCCCACCGUUGGACAAAAAAAAAAAAAAAUCCAGCCGGGAAUAUUCAAUUAUGAGAACAAAAAAGACUUGAGUGGAUUUAUAGAACGCCAAUGGGUUUGUGUUACCCUUCGCCUCAUCUCCUCACCAAAAAUGGUUGCAAAUAAUCUAGAACUGAAAUCUUUAAUAGCGACUUUUGUCUUGGCUCUAACUGUUACAUCAUUCUCCGGGGAUAAGGUAGAUGAGGACCUUUGUAACCAUAUAGGAGAAAAUUUGUUAAUGUGUAUGGCUUGCUUAACAGCAAAAGAUGUCCCUCCAAAUUCAAAAUGACAGACACCCACAACAACCGCAACAAGAAGGAGAAGGAGAUGAUCAGGUCAAAGAAUUGGCGGGCAAAACCAUAGAUUGUGCUCCUCGUUCCCCGCAUGGUUGGUUCGAGGGGUCAUGGUGGAUUAUUCCAAAAGUGGCACCUGUGACCUUCAAAAGGCAGCAUCAUUGUGUGUCCCUUUACUUGAAAGUGCGACCAAUUCCUUCACUGUAGCCGUUGAUUUCUGGAAAUAUGAUGGAAAAACAGAUGCACCAGAAACAAUCCGUUUGGACAAAAAGAGUAUAUUGAUUGCGUAUUCAUCAGAAUUCCAAAGGGAUCGCCUCAAGAGUUAUGCGACAUAUAUACUCCACUGCAUUAAAAGCACGUGGGUGAAGUGGCUAGAUUAAUUAUUUCUGCACUACAGUAAAAAAAUAGUAGAGCUAGCUGGCCAUAUUGCUUUCGAGUUCAUGAUCCAAAUUACAAAAUAGCAGUAAGUUGACCGACAUUUGUUGAGUUCAUGUGCCAAUUGUCAUCUAUUUCUAUAUAUAUUUAAGGCUUCUCC